AGCUAGCCCAGGCCAGGGUAAGAAGAAAAUACAACAGAGAGAGAAACACGUCAAACCCAGGCAGGGGACAGGCAACGAGGGGACAAGCCAAGGCCGGGGCAGGAAAGAGAGCAGUCCUGGGGGAUGGGAUGAAGAGGAGGGGAUCGUCAUCCUCAACUCCUGGAUCAACCCCAGGUUCGCCAGCAUCUUCACAGACCCACAGGACGUUCCCCAGGAAGAGGGCAGCGCAGCCAGCAGUGUGGACAGGGAGGCUGCAGCACAAGAAGCAGAACACCAGCAAGCGCCUCUCCUGGCUCGCUGCAAACCACGGACACUGCCCCAUCAGCUGCUCCCCUGGAAGAAGGUCCACGGGAAGAGAGGCACAGUACGCCUCUCACAACAGCACUGGCACAGAGCAGGCCAGCAAGUCCUCCAGCAGCCCCUGCUCUGGAAGAUGAGGGACACAGAGCACCUCCCCUGACACGUGGGGCUCAACAGUCGAAGCCAUCAGCCUGUGCAAGCCCCAGUGAGCACAGCGCUGCCGUGAUGGUGGAGAGCCAGGGACGUGCCCGACAUGCCUGCAGUGUCUCUGAUGAAGAGCUGGAUGAAAGAGUUGACACCAUCGUGGCUGCAGUCCUACUCCACUCUGUAGCCAUCAUCCAGGGAGCCCCAAGCAAGGCAGCAAGUGCUCCCUGGGUCACAGUGCCCAGGGUGCCUCCUCCCACACCAGAGCCUGCAGAAUGUACAUCCUCGGCCUCUGCCUUGGCCGGAGGCCCUGUGGGGGAGGCCAAUGAAGCCCCUCUCGCUGCAGCAGCAGCGCCACAAGAAGAAGGUGGAGAAGGGGCUUCUCCUUUGGCUGCAGAGCCUCUCCAGGAGCCCAGCAGAGAUUUCCGCCCAGCAGCAGCUGACAAAGCAGGAGCAGCAGCCAGUCCCUUGGUUCCUGGGCACCAGGUGGCCAUCGAGCAGGGAGGCCAAGCGCAGUCCUCCUCCUGCACCAAAGAUACGACAGCAGAUGAGCCAGCAACAUCCCAGACACAAGCACCAUCCCAGGAUCUGUUGGCCGGGCCUGUUCAGCGCAGCGAGCAGCAGCAAGCACAAGGCAUCCAUGACCUCGCACAAGCCCCGGCACGCCAGCCACGGCCCUCCCGCAUCAGGAGGGCACUUCGCGCGCUGCGCAGGGCUUUCCGCUGCAGCUGCAUCACAGGACAGCGAGAGUAG